GAACGACCAAAUCAUUAUUUGCUUGAUCACAGACAAACCAUAUUGAAACCAGAUAGCUAGCAACAAAUCAAGCAACAUCAAAAAAUCGAUGCAGCGCGCAGGCAAAAGUUCUGGUGAUACCCUUUCCAUGUGCGCUCAGCAUGACCCCAAUCACCUUCCACAACCAGGAUUUUUAUGUCAAGCCUCUCCAACGCAGGUAGGUGCUUCCGUCCCCUUGCCGAAGGGUCUUCAGCGAUAUGUUCGGCGUGCAAAAGUAGGCGAGGGAAGCUACGGUAAGGUCUACAAAUGCGAAGACUUAGUUGAGAAAAAGUAUGUUGCGAUUAAGGUCAUUUCAUGGAGCUCGAAGGAUGAGGGUGUUCCUGCAUCUGCGAUUCGCGAGGUAUCUCUGCUGCUCGAGCUGCGCCACCCUAACGUCGUCCAACUCCUCGAUAUCCUGUCGGAGGACUCCAAGCUGCUGCUCGUGUUUGAGUACCUCGACAAGGAUCUCAAAAGCAUGCUGGACCAGCGGGCAACGCCGUUGAUGGGGCCGAAGCUGAAGGACAUCAUGUAUCAGCUGUUGUCAGGCCUACACGCCUGCCACAGCCGUCGAAUCGUCCACCGUGACAUCAAACUCAACAACAUUUUAGUUAGCAAAGACGAGAAGAUCGUGAAGGUGGCCGAUUUGGGUCUUGGACGGCCGUUCUCCAUGCCCUUACAGACUUACACCCACGACGUUAUGACACUGCUGUACCGUGCGCCCGAGAUACUGCUUGGCGAGGCGCACUACUUGCCCGCAGUGGACAUGUGGUCAAUGGGGUGUGUUCUUGGUGAGUUAGCGCUAGGAAGACCCCUUUUUAUGGGGGAAAACGAGUUCACUCAGCUUAUUAGAAUAUUUGAAAUCAUGGGGACGCCAAAUGAGGAGCUCUGGCCUGGAGUUUCGCUGUUAUCAAAUUACAAUUCGCAAUUUCCCAAGUGGGGGCCGCAGUCGUUGGCAUCACUGAUUCCUGUACUCGAACCGGAGGGGAUUGAUAUUUUAGCUGCAAUGCUACGGUACAAACCAGAGUCACGCAUUACAGCCGAGGUAGCGUUACAGCACCCAUGGUUUGAUGAGGUUCGAGAUGAAUGUGAGGAGCGGUUGCAAUGCCAAAUGAACCUUUUGUAUGCUCGGCGAGAUACAGAUGUGCAGCCGUGGCGUUAA